AUGACACAGCAGUGGCUCGCCAAGGUCGCUCGUCGCAGCAUGCGCACCAGCGUAUCGUCUGUGCGUGUAAAUUCCUCGCGUUUAAAUUUGCCUCAAGAUGUAGCUGCUCGAUGGAUGCGUGCAUUCUCAUCAACACCACACCCAAGUGAGACUUUUAUGACAGGGAACAAUAAUGCCUAUGUCGAAGAAAUGUACUUAAGUUGGCAGAGUGAUCCAAAAAGUGUGCACAAAUCAUGGGAUGUAUACUUUCGUCAGGUGGAGAGUGGUAGCGUGCCUGGCGAGGCUUUUAUCCCACCACCAACAAUUCAACAAGGUGUUACUCCUGUACGGUCUGUAGGUGGUGCAGCAACUUUGUCUAGUGAACAGAAUGAUGCACUUGGAUUGAGUUAUCUCAUUCGUGCCUAUCAAGUGCGUGGUCACGAGGCGGCUAAUUUAGAUCCAUUGGGUCUACAGGAACGUCCUUCACUUCCUGUAUUGGAUAUUAAGAUGUAUGGAUUUACAGAGAAAGAUCUCGAUCGUGUUAUUGCUAUCCCGAAAAAUUUCUCAUCAGGAGUUUCCGGUUUCUUGGAGGAAUUAGCUGAUGGUAACAACAACAUGACACUUGGUCAAAUUAUUGAGCGUCUUAAAGAAACUUAUUGCAGCUCCAUCGGUGUACAAUACAUGCACAUUCUUGAUCGAGAACAAUGUAAUUGGAUUCGUGCUAAAAUGGAACAUUUAGUUCAAGAUGAAGAAUCCAAGCAGAAAAAGAUGCAUAUUCUUGAACGUUUGGCAUUUUCCGUCGUAUUUGAACGAUUUUUAGGGAAUAAAUACAAUACAACGAAGCGAUUUGGUCUCGAUGGUGCUGAAAGUUUGAUUCCUGGUCUCAAGUUCAUGAUUGAUCGUGGUACGGAGUUAGGAAUGGAACAUUUGGUGAUUGGAAUGCCCCAUCGUGGUCGUUUAAAUGUCUUAUCAAACGUGAUUCGAAAGCCUAUUCAACAAAUUUUUAAAGAAUUUCAAGGAACACACAUAGAUGUUGAAUCAUACAAUAAACGAGAUGUAGAAGAUUGGUCAAAUGCUGGAGAUGUUAAGUAUCAUAUUGGUACAUCGUAUGAUCGUGCUUAUCCAGAUGGAAGACAAGUGCAUUUGUCACUUGUAGCAAAUCCUUCACAUUUAGAAGCAGUAGAUCCUGUUGUUGUGGGUAAAGUGCGUGCAAAACAAUUUUAUUUGGGUAAUGAUGCAGAAGCAGAAAAGAAGGUGAUGCCAUUAUUAUUGCAUGGUGAUGCUGCAUUUAGUGGACAAGGAGUUGUGUACGAAACAAUGCAUUUAUCUGGUUUGGAUAAUUACCACACAGGUGGUACAGUGCAUGUUGUUGUAAAUAAUCAAAUUGGUUUUACAACAGAUCCAAAGAAUUCGCGAUCAUCUCAAUAUUGCACAGAUUUGGGGAAAGCCAUGGACGUACCAAUUUUACACGUAAAUGGUGAUGAUCCAGUGUCAGUUGUUAAAGUCUUUGAGUUUGCUGCUGAGUGGCGUCAAAAGUGGCGCUCAGACGUGAUCAUUAAUCUCACGUGUUAUCGUCGCUUUGGACACAAUGAAGUGGACAAUCCAUUUUUUACGCAGCCUUUAAUGUAUAAGAAAAUUGGUCAAAUGAAAUCGGUACUUGAUAAGUAUGUCGAUGAGCUUUUAGCGUCUGGUGCUGCAUCAAAAGAAGAAUGUGAUGCCAAAGUAUCGAAAGUCUGGGACUUUUUUCAACGAACAUUUGACGAGACAGAAAAGUGGGAAGACACGAAGAAAAGUGACUGGCUUGCGAAUCGUUGGGAAUCUUUUAAAAGUCCAAAUCAGCAAUCGCGAAUUCGUUCAACGGGUGUAAAUAUGAAUGUGCUUAAGCACGUUGGAGAGAAAAUUAGCACCGUCACACCUGGUUUCAAAGUGAAUCGCCAAUUGGAUCGUAUUAUGACGGCGAAAAAGAGUGCGAUUGAGGCAGGAGAAGGCAUUGAUUGGGGUACUGCAGAAGCCCUUGCAUGGGGUACGUUAUUGCUUGAAGGAAAUCACGUGCGAAUUAGUGGUCAGGAUGUCGAGCGCGGUACCUUUAGUCACCGUCAUGCUGUGCUACAUGACCAAGAGACGAACGAAACAUACGUACCACUGAAUCAUCUUGCAAACAAAACGAUUCCAUCUGCUCCACUAGCGUACAAGACUCCAGGAGGCGAUGAUGUUCCAGACACACAGGCCGAAUUCGUUGCAUCUAACAGUUCGCUAUCAGAGUUUGGUGUCUUGGGUUUUGAAUUAGGAUAUUCACUUGAAAAUCCAAACGCUUUGAUUAUGUGGGAAGCGCAAUUUGGAGACUUUGCCAACGGUGCACAGAUCAUGAUCGAUCAAUUCCUUAGCUCUGGCGAAGACAAGUGGAUGCGUCAAUCGGGACUUGUGAUGUUAUUACCGCAUGGAUAUGAAGGACAAGGUGCGGAACACUCGUCAUGUCGUGUGGAACGAUACCUGCAGAAUACAGAUGAUGAUCCAAAUGUUGUGCCACUGAUGGACGAGGAAAAUCGAAUGCAGAUUCAACAUACAAACUGGCAAGUUGUAUACUGUUCGACCCCUGCACAAUAUUUCCACGUGUUACGUCGUCAAAUCCAUCGUGACUUUCGCAAACCAUUGAUUUCAGUGCAGCCAAAGCAUUUGUUACGUCUUCGUCAAGCGUCUUCCAAACUCGAAGAUAUGGCUGCAGGCACGCAAUUUCAACGUCUCAUUCCAGAAGUCUCACCUGAGCAAUUGGUAGCGGACGAUGAAGUUAAGCGUGUUAUCUUUUGUACUGGUAAAAUAUACUACGAACUUGCACAAGAACGUCAGGAGAAGGGAAUUAAGGAUGUGGCUAUUGUGCGAGUGGAACAGAUUGCUCCGUUCCCGUUUGACAAGGUGGCAGAACAGGCUGCACGCUAUUCAAAUGCUGAUAUCAAGUGGGUGCAAGAAGAACCGCUGAAUAUGGGAUUCUGGACAUAUGUGGCGCCGCGUUUAGAGACGGCAUUGACGCAGCUAAAUAGCGAUUCGCGUCGGCCAACAUUUAUCGGGCGUGCACCGGCAGCAGCCCCUGCGACUGGAUACAAUGCUGUGCACCAAAUUGAGCAAGAGCGCAUCAUUACAAAAGCUCUGAACGUGUAA